UCUGGCUUCAUUGUCCACCAAGGCCUGGCAGGUCUGGCUGCCUCCCUUCAUGCACUGAGUGGUAGAGGCACUGUCCUCCCCUCUGAGACCAGCUGUCUCCAGCCUUGGCCUGCCCUGCUAGUCAACAAAAGCACGGCUCGCCAGGGAACAAUCUUCUCGGGUUGCGGUGUAAUCUGAGAAGCUUCUGUUUUAACUGGGGAGACACGAAGACAGCACUUGUGAAAGCAGAAGAAUAAUCACCUCCUAUUAAUGUGAUGCCAGUUCUAUACAGGAGUAAACUCUGAGCCAGGAACAUCCUUCUGGACCAGAAGAGUGAGCGCAGCAGCAAUCACACUCAGCAACGAUGUCAGCAGAACUGGAGACUUCAGAGGGGGUGGAUGAGUCGGAGAAAAAGAGCUCCGGGGCCUCAGAAAAAGAAAACCACACCAAGAUGGCCGACCUCUCUGAGCUCCUGAAGGAAGGGACCAAGGAAGCACAUGACCGGGCAGAAAACACCCAAUUUGUCAAGGACUUCUUGAAAGGCAACAUCAGGAAGGAACUGUUUAAGCUGGCCACUACUGCACUUUACUUCACAUAUUCAGCCCUCGAGGAGGAAAUGGAGCGCAACAAGGACCACCCAGCCUUUGCCCCCUUGUACUUCCCCAUGGAGCUACACCGGAAGGAGGCACUGACCAAGGACAUGGAGUAUUUCUUUGGUGAGGACUGGGAGGAGAAGGUGCGGUGUUCUGAGGCUGCCCAAAAGUACGUGGAACGGAUCCAUUACGUGGGGCAGAAUGAGCCAGAGCUACUGGUGGCCCAUGCCUACACCCGCUAUAUGGGGGACCUCUCAGGGGGACAAGUGCUGAAGAAGGUGGCCCAGCGGGCCCUGAAACUUCCCAGCACAGGAGAAGGGACCCAGUUCUAUCUGUUUGAGAAUGUGGACAAUGCACAACAGUUCAAGCAGUUGUACCGGGCCAGAAUGAAUGCCUUGGACCUGAACCUGAAGACCAAAGAGAGGAUUGUGGAGGAGGCCAACAGGGCCUUUGAGUACAACAUGCAGAUAUUCAAUGAACUGGACCAGGCUGGCUCCGUGUUGGCCAGGGAGACCCGGGAGGAUGGGCUCCCCGUGCACGAUGGGAAAGGAGAUGUGCACAAAUGCCCGUACUAUGCUGCUAAACCAGACAGAGGUGCCCUGGAGGGCAGCAGCUGCCCCUUCCAAACAGCCCUGGCGGUGCUGAGUAAGCCCAGCCUGCAGUUCAUUCUGGCCGCUGGUGUGGCUCUGGUUGCUGGCUUCCUGGCCUGGUACUACAUGUGAAGGAACCAUCAUACCACAUUGGCGCCCUCCUCCCAAGUGACCACUGGCCUGCCCCCACCUCCACCGGUGACUAAGCUACCACCUCAGGUGACUUUUUUUAAAUGCUGGUUUUGAGAAGACAAGCAACCAAUAAAGGCCAGACGCUAAAGCCUCUGCCUGUAGCAUCCUCUCUGGGCUAGCUGCGGAGCUGGCUGUAGGCCCACCAUUCCUGCAGCCAUUAGGCUGUGGUACCAGAAGCAGACAGCUCAGCUCAGUGGGCCUGUCUGGGCAUCUGGAACCGGCUCUGCUCCUGGGGCAUCCACACUGCUCACCCUGAGGCUCCUUCCCUUCGUUCUUCCUUGUGUUGGCAUUUAGGUGGGUACCUUUCCCCUAAUGGGAACAGAGCAGCCAGCAAGCCUAAGUUGCUUGCUGUAGCUCGGAGGGAGGGAUGGUGACUUGGACCCUGCCUCAGAGGCCUGGGGAGCUCCAUCCAGAACAGCUAGUCCUUAUCCCUCUCAAGCAGAAACCCUGGGUGGGUGGGCUCGGGGCUCUGUUUAGCCGUGGCUGGUCUCCUCCCUUGACCUGUGUAAAUGCUACAGCACUCAAUAAAGUGGACUCUGACAGCUGCCUCCCU